CCGAGCGGCGUGCUCCUGGGAAUAUGUGCGGCCAUUCUUCUUCUUCUCAGGUCGGUCCUUCCAGUGAUGACGUCAUGCUAGCAACACCUGCUCAUGCUUAACAAGGUGUGUUGGCAGGUUGGGUUUUUUUACCCCCCUUUCUUCGCAGACUCGGGGCGAAACCGAGGCGUCAUGGGCGCGGGAACACAAGUCCGACUCCUGCUGUGGAAGAACUGGACCGUUCGCCGGAGACAAACGGUGCGUUUCUUCAUGGAGAUCAUGUGGCCUAUCAUUCUGUUCAUGGGGCUGGUGUGGCUGCGAAGAGUCAACCCGCUGUACCGCCAACAUGAAUGUCACUUCCCCAACAAGGCCAUGCCCUCAGCGGGGGUGCUGCCGUGGAUCCAAGGGAUCUUCUGCAAUGCCAACAACCCUUGCUUCCAGUACCCCACCCGCGGUGAAUCACCUGGCUUGGUGUCCAACUACAACAACUCGAUAUUGGCUCGGUUUUACUCCGAUUCCCAGGAGCUUCUUUUUGUUGAUCCAAAGCUUCUCCCUCUGGGACGCCUCUGGAGUGAAGUGAGAGCCAUGAGUAACCUGAUGGACACGCUGCGUACCCGCCCUGAACUGAUCUCAGGCCGUGGAGUACAGGUGGAGUCCAUCCUAAAGGACGACGAGACUCUGACAUCCUUCCUUCUAAGGGACGUUCCUCUCAGCGAGGCUGUGGUCAAUGAGCUUGUCAGUGCCCGGAUCAGGCCAGAACAGUUUGUCUUCGGGGUUCCAGACAUCCACUUAAAGGACAUCGCCUGCAGCUUGAACUUUCUAGAACGGUUCCUGAUUUUCCCGAACCGCUGGGGACUCCACGCCGUCCGCAAUGCCAUAUGCAGCCUCACCCCCCAGCGGCUGCAGAUCAUAGAGGACAAGUUUUACGCCAACAUGGACAUAUUCAAGCUCUUCCGGGUGCUUCCCCGUGUUGUGGACAAUCACUCUGAGGGCAUCAACAUCCACUUCUGGCUGCAGGUGGUGUCCGCUGCCAGCGACAAACUGCAAGAGUUGCUCGGGAGAAGCAGCACCCGGGAACUCCUGCAGGUGAUGACACCUCUCUUCCAGAGAGAUGUCUCCUUCAGGCAGGUGAUGACCGCCGCCUCCAGCCUGGUGUGCGGCUACACCGAGGGGGCCUUCUCCCGCGUGGCCUCCUUCAACUGGUACGAGGACAACAACUACAAAGCUUUCCUGGGCAUCAACGGGACCAGAAGACGUGGCCGACAUGUUCACGACAACAGCACCACUGAGUUCUGCCGUGAUCUGAUGAGCGAGCUGGAGUCCAACCCUGCCACCAGGGUCGUGUGGAACUCACUGAAGCCCAUGUUGAUGGGCAAGAUCCUCUACGCCCCCGACUCGCCUGCCGUCAGAACCAUCAUAAGAAAUGCCAACUCGACAUUUGAAGAGCUGCGACGGUUCAAGACGAUGGGGAAGGCCUGGGAAGAAGUGGCUCCCCAGAUCUGGGCUUUCUUCCAAGACGGAGUCCAGGUCAAAAUGAUACGGGACAUUUUGCAGAACCCGUCGUUGAUGGAUUUUAUCGACCGGAGUCUCGAGGAGGCGCCGUUCUCCGCCAAACACAUCCUCAACUUCCUGCACAACGGACCAUCUGAGGACCGACCAGCCGCUAUGCCAGAUUUUGAUUGGCGGGACAUCUUCAACCUUACUGACCGAGUCAUCGGGAUGCUCAAUCAGUACGGAGACUGUCUGGUCUUGGAUAAAUUUGUGCCUCUGCCGGACGAAGACGCGGUAACUCAUCGGGCCUUGGACCUGCUGCAGGACGGCAAGUUCUGGGCCGGCCUGGUCUUUGUGAACCUGCACCCUUGGAGCGCCCAAGUCCCGCCUCAUGUGAAGUUCAAGAUCCGUAUGGAUAUCGAUUCCGUGGAGCGGACCAAUAAAGUCAAAGACAGGUAUUGGGACCCAGGCCCUAGGGCCGACCCCAUGGACGACCUGCGCUACGUUUGGGGCGGUUUUGCUUACCUUCAGGAUAUCCUGGAACACGGGAUCAUCCGCACUCAGACUGGGAAGGAAUGGCCGCUGGGUGUUUACCUGCAACAGAUCCCUUACCCUUGUUAUGUGGAUGACCUCUUCAUGCUCACUCUCAACCGCUGCUUUCCGGUCUUCAUGGUCCUGGCCUGGGUCUACUCCGUGUCCAUGGUGGUGAAGAGCAUCGUCCUGGAGAAGGAGCUGCGUCUGAAGGAGACCCUCAAGGUGAUGGGGGUCUCCAACGGCGUCAUCUGGUCCACCUGGUUCAUCGACAGCUUCCUCGUGAUGGGCACCAGCACGGCUCUGCUGACGGCCGUCAUCACGGGAGGACGUGUACUGAACUACAGCAACCCCCUCAUCCUCUUCAUCUUCCUCCUGGCCUUCACCACGGCCACCAUCAUGCAGUGCUUCCUCCUCAGCGUCUUCUUCAACCACGCCAACCUGGCGGCGGCCUGCUGCGGCAUCAUCUACUUCGCGCUCUACCUGCCGCACCUCUUCUGCUUCGCCUGGCAAGAUCGCCUCACCAAGGACAUGAAGAUCCUGGUGAGUCUGCUGUCCCAAGUUGCAUUUGGUUUCGGGACAGAGUACCUGUCCCGUUACGAGGAACAAGGUCAGGGUCUGCAGUGGGACAACAUACAGACCAGUCCUCUGGAGGGGGACGAAUUCUCCUUCCUCACCUCAAUCUGCAUGAUGGCUGUGGACACGCUGCUCUACGCGGUCCUGGCCUGGUACCUGGACAACAUCUUCCCUGGCCAGUAUGGAAUUGGCCGGCCGUUUUACUUCCCUCUCAUGCCAUGUUAUUGGUUCAAUACUGUGGCUCCAGAAACAGACAACAGCCAUAAACAUGAGCUGUCCAAGAAAGGAUUUGAUGACCCAGCGUGCAAGGAGCAAGGAGAAGUCCAGAAAACCCCGGAGAAACCUAAAACUGGUGGCCACCAGGAUGAGAAGCAAGAAACUGACGGCCAGCCGUUCUUCGAGGCGGAACCAGCAGACCUGGUAAAGGGUGUGUGUAUCCAGAACCUAGUCAAGGUGUUCGGCAGUAGCCCCAGACCUGCUGUGAACGGCCUCACCCUCAGCUUCUUUGAGAACCAGAUCACUGCCUUCCUCGGGCACAACGGCGCCGGCAAAACCACCACCAUGUCCAUUCUGACGGGUAUGUUCCCACCCACGUCAGGCACCGCCACCAUUUACGGGAAAGACAUCCGCACAGAAAUGGACAGCAUUCGCUCGUCUCUUGGAAUGUGCCCACAGCACAACACCCUGUUUCAACACAUGACUGUCGCUGAGCACAUCCUCUUCCACUCGCUGCUGAAAGGCCGUCAGAAAGCAGAAGCCGAGCAAGAGGUGGAGGACAUGCUGCAAGACUUGGGUCUCCCCCACAAACGAGACGAACUGACCCAGAAUCUGUCGGGAGGCAUGCAGAGGAAGUUGUCAGUGGCGCUGGCGUUUGUUGGCGGUGCAAAGGUGGUGAUCCUGGAUGAACCCACAUCCGGGGUGGACCCUUACUCCAGACGCUCCAUCUGGGACCUGCUGCUCAAAUAUCGUACAGGUUGUACAGUCAUCAUGUCCACCCACCACAUGGACGAGGCCGACUUGCUGAGUGACCGGGUGGCCAUCAUCUCUCAGGGGCGCCUCCACUGCUGCGGCUCCCCCAUCUUUCUCAAGAACUGUUUCGGCGCCGGCUUCUACCUCACGCUGGUGCGAAGGAUGAAGUACGCCACUCCGAAGACCGCCGACCCUCAGGCUGAUGCUGAGGCCUGUACCAAGACUUGCUCCUGUUUGUGCGCCAAGUGUUUGAAGCUUGACGCCGACCGAGAGGAAACGCCGACUCCGGACAAACACAUGGACGGUAACAUUGAACGCAUCACCGCCCUGGUGCAUCAUCACGUGCCGCAAGCCCGCCUGAUCGAGGCCAUCGGCCAGGAGAUGACCUACCUGCUCCCAAGUCACGACUUCCAACCCCGGGCCUACGCCAGCCUGUUCAGGGAGCUGGAGGAGACCUUGGAGGACAUCGGCCUCAGCAGCUUCGGCGUGUCUGACACGUCGCUGGAAGAGAUUUUCCUCAAAGUAACAGCUGAUGGCCACGCAAGCAACAAGAAAAGCGUUCCAGACAAUAAAUCCCUUCAGCAGAACUCUCGAGCGAGUCUCUGUGGAUUCAACCGAGUGGCAAUUGCCAUGGAGCCACCUGAAGGGUCAGACGGGCCUCCGCCCACCGCCGACCCGUGUAAAGGUCCGGAAGGGGGGCGAGGGUCCUACCAGGUCCGAGGUCUUUGCCUGGCCAUCAAACAGUUCUUGGCACUGCUGAUCAAGAGGCUGCAUCACACCGCUCGCUCCUGCAAAGACUUCUUCGCUCAGAUUGUCUUACCAGCCAGUUUUGUUUUCCUGGCGUUGUCGUUCACCUUGAUCGUGCCGCCCUUUGGGGAGUAUCCAGGUGUCACGCUCAGUCCCUGGAUGUAUGGCAGACAGUACACCUUCUUCAGCAACGAACGUCCGCUGGAUGCUCAGAUGAGACAUUUAGGCGAGGUCUUGUUGGACAAGCCCGGCUUUGGGACACGCUGCAUGGCGGACGAACCUCUGGAAGACUUCCCGUGUAACAACAUCACCACAGACUGGGAGAUGCCCCCCGCUGACCCCUCGCUGAUUGAGACCCUGGCCGACCCCGGGUGGACCCCCCUCAGACCGUCUCCAGACUGCCAGUGCAGCACAGACCGGAAGCUCACCAUGCUGCCCACGUGCCGCCAAGGAGCCGGAGGCCUGCCACCCCCGCAGAGGAUCCAGUCCACGGGGGACGUCCUGCUGGAUCUAACGGGCAGGAACAUCUCGGACUACCUGGUGAAGACCUACCCCGAGCUCAUCAAAACCAGCUUGAAGAGCAAAUAUUGGGUGAACGAGCAAAGGUAUGGGGGAAUAUCAGUCGGAGGUCAACUUCCUGUUUUGGAUCUGGAGCCAAAGUUCCUCCAGGAAGCAGCAGUUCAACUGGGACUACUGCUCAAUGUCACCGGGGGCGACCACUGCAAAGAAACUCUGAGGGAAAUCGGCCCGUUCCUCAGGUACUUGGAGACCCGGGACAAUGUCAAGGUGUGGUACAACAACAAGGGCUGGCACGCCAUGGUGUCGUUCCUCAACGUGGCCAACAACGCCAUCCUCCGCGCCAACCUGCCGGCGGGCGCCCACCUGGACCAACACGGCAUCACGGUCACCAACCAUCCUCUGAAUCUCACCAAAGAGCAGCUGUCCGAGGUCACGGUCUUGAACACGUCGGUGGACGCCGUGGUGGCCAUAUGCGUCAUCUUCGCCAUGUCCUUCGUCCCCGCCAGCUUCGUCCUCUACCUCAUCCAGGAGCGGGUCACCCAGGCUAAACACCUGCAGUUCGUCAGCGGGGUCAGCCCCCUCGUCUACUGGACGGCCAACUUCCUCUGGGACAUGCUGAAUUACUCCGUCAGCGCGCUGAUGGUGGUGCAGAUUUUCAUCUUUUUCGACAAGAAGUGCUACACCUCAGCUGCCAACCUGCAGCCGCUCAUUGCACUGCUCAUGCUUUAUGGCUGGUCAGUCACACCCAUGAUGUACCCCAUGUCCUACGUCUUCAGCGUCCCCAGCACAGCCUACGUGUCCUUGUCCUGCCUCAACCUCUUCAUCGGCAUCAACAGCAGCGCCAUCACCUUCAUCCUCGACCUUUUCGAGGGCACCACCGCUCUGUACAAGUUCAACCAGCUGCUGAAGACGGUGUUGCUGGUCUUCCCCCACUACUGCCUGGGCAGGGGCCUCAUAGACAUGGCCAUCAACCAGGCGGUGACCGACAUCUUCACCCGCUUCGGUGAGGAUCACAGUCCAGACCCUUACGACUGGGACUUCAUCGGGAAGAACCUGUUCUGCAUGGCACUGGAGGGAUUCUUCUACUUCCUCCUGAACAUUCUGUGCCAGUACCGCUUCUUCCUGGACCACUGGGUGCCAGAUGCCCCGAAGCCUUCUAUUCCGGACGAAGACUUGGACGUGGCCGAGGAAAGAGAGAGAAUAUAUAGAAGCAGAAAAACGAAUGAUAUUCUACAUGUACGAGACCUUUCGAAGAUAUACACAGGAACUAUGACUCCUGCAGUGGAUCAAAUCUGUAUUGGAGUCUCACCAGGAGAGUGUUUUGGUCUCCUUGGGGUGAACGGCGCGGGGAAGACCACCACGUUUAAGAUGUUAACCGGAGACACCGAGGUCACCUCAGGAGAGGCCUCGGUCACCGGCCACAGCAUUUUGACCAACAUCCUGGACGUCCACCAAAACAUGGGCUACUGCCCGCAGUUCGACGCCAUCGAUGAGUUGCUGACUGGAAGAGAACACCUUCACCUCUACGCUCGCCUCCGCGGGGUCCCCGAGGCGGAGAUCAGCCGGAUAGCGGAGUGGGCCAUCCAGAAGCUGGGUCUGGCCGAGUACGCCGGACAAAGCGCCGGCACCUACAGCGGCGGGAACCGCAGGAAACUGUCAACAGCCAUCGCCAUGAUCGGCUGUCCCGCUCUGGUCCUGCUGGAUGAACCCACCACAGGCAUGGACCCGCUGUCCAGGCGCUUCCUCUGGAGCUCCAUCGUGAGCGUGAUCCAGGAGAAACGAGCUGUCGUCCUCACCUCACACAGCAUGGAGGAAUGUGAGGCGCUCUGCACACGUCUGGCCAUCAUGGUCAACGGCUCCUUCAAGUGUCUCGGAACCAUUCAGCAACUCAAAUACAAGUUUGGCGAUGGCUACGUGGUGACCAUGAAGAUCAGGGCCGCCAAGGCCGGCUGCGCCCCCGAUCUGAACCCGGCCGAAGCCUUCAUGGAGAGCACCUUCCCCGGCUGCGUCCAGAGGGAAAAACACUACAACACCCUGCAGUACAAGAUCGCCUCUUCCUCCCUGGCAAGGAUCUUCCAGAUGGUCCUGGCCAACAAAGACCAGCUCAACAUCGAGGACUACUCGGUGUCACAGACCACUCUCGAUCAGGUCUUUGUGAAUUUUGCCAAACAGCAAUCAAGAGAAGACGAGGCCAUAGUUCUGCACCCGAAAGCUGCCGGGGCACAGCACGGUGGUCAGGGCACCCCCGUGAAGAGACUCAGGAAGUAAAGAAGCUUUACUUGCUUUGGGAGGCGAUCGUACUUGACGGACGUAGCUUUUUGGGGUUCGGGGCCCAAUCCUUGUUUUCGUAGGCAGAACCACCAAGCGCGUUACAAGAAGGUGGAAGAAGACAAAGUGGUAACGGCGUACAUUUCGGACAAAGUUUAAUUGUUGCACAUCACUUGUUUACAUUAAUGAAGUCCGAGUAGAGCCUCAGUCUGCCUGGUCAUGGUAGUCCGCAAAGGUUCAAUCGAAGCAACCGGAGUCCGUGUUCGUUGAAGAUGUUUCUCCUUAUUUCAGCCGUGUGAAAUAUCCGCGGAAACCGCAUAUAUUUAAACAUUAAUUACCAACAUUUUGUAGUGUGUAAGGAUGGGAGUCGAAGGAGAAGUGUCCAAAGAUGGGGCUAACUCUGUGUUCUUUUUAGGCAAUCCGGCGGUAUCAAGACAUCCGUGGCUUCUUAGUCUAACACAGAACACUGGAAAUGUUUCACAUGAAAACCCGUCCGACCGGAACUCUAGCAAUAACAAAAGUUCCGUGGGUGAAUAAUCCAUCCAUCUUCUUCCACUUAUCCGAGGUCGUGUCGCAUGGGCAGCAGCCACUUUGUCCAGCUCUUCCCGGGGAAUUCCGAGGCGUUCCCAGGCCAGCCGGGAGACAUAGUCUUCCCAACGUGUCCUGGGUCUUCUCUGUGGCCUCCUACCGGUCGGACGUGACCGAAACACCUCCCUAGGUAGGCGUUCGGAUGGCAUCCUGACCAGAUGCCCGAACCACCUCAUCUGGGUCCUCUCGAUGUGAAGGAGCAGUGGCUUUAGUUUGAGUUCCUCCCGGAUGACAGAGCUUCUCACCCUAUCUCUAAGGGAGAGCCCCGCCACCCGGCGGAGGAAACUCAUUUCGGCCGCCUGUACCCGUGAUCUUGUCCUUUCGGUCAUAACCCGAAGCUCAUGACCAUAGGUGAGGAUGGGAACGUAGAUCGGCCGGUAAAUCGAUAGCUUUGCUUUCCGGCUCAGCUCCUUCUUCACCACGACGGAUCGAUUCAACGUCCGCUUUACUGAAGACGCCGCACCGAUCCGCCUGUCGAUUUCACGAUCCACUCUUCCCUCACUCGUGAACAAGACUCCGGGGUACUUGAACUCCUCCACUUGGGGCAGGGUUUCCUCCCCAACCCGUAGAUGGAACUCCACCCUGGAAAUGUGUCCCGUCCAACCAGAACUCUCGCAUUAACAAAAGUUCCGUGGGUGAAUAAUCCAUCCAUCUUCUUCCACUUAUCCGAGGUUGUGUCGCAGGGGCAGCAGCCACUUUGUCCAGCUCUUCCCGGGGAAUCCCGAGGCGUUCCCAGGCCAGCCGGGAGACAUAGUCUUCCCAACGUGUCCUGGGUCUUCCCCGUGGCCUCCUACCGGUCGGACGUGUCCGAAACACCUCCCUAGGUAGGCGUUCGGAUGGCAUCCUGACCAGAUGCCCGAACCACCUCAUCUGACUCCUCUCGAUGUGGAGGAGCAGUGGCUUUACUUUGAGUUCCUCCCGGAUGACAGAGCUUCUCACCCUAUCUCUAAGGGAGAGAUCCGCCAUCCGGCGGAGGAAACUCAUUUCGGCCGCCUGUACCCGUGAUCUUGUCCUUUCGGUCAUAACCCAAAGCUCAUGACCAUAGGUGAGGAUGGGAACGUAGAUCGACCGGUAAAUCGAUAGCUUUGCUUUCCGGCUCAGCUCCUUCUUCACCACGACGGAUCGAUUCAACGUCCGCUUUACUGAAGACGCCGCACCAUUCCGCCUGUCGAUUUCACGAUCCACUCUUCCCUCACUCGUGAACAAGACUCCGGGGUACUUGAACUCCUCCACUUGGGGCAGGGUUUCCUCCCCAACCCGUAGAUGGAACUCCACCCUGGAAAUGUGUCCCGUCCAACCAGAACUCUCGCAUUAACAAAAGUUCCGUGGGUGAAUAAUCCAUCCAUCUUCUUCCACUUAUCCGAGGUCGUGUCGCAUGGGCAGCAGCCACUUUGUCCAGCUCUUCCCGGGGAAUUCCGAGGCGUUCCCAGGCCAGCCGGGAGACAUAGUCUUCCCAACGUGUCCUGGGUCUUCUCUGUGGCCUCCUACCGGUCGGACGUGACCGAAACACCUCCCUAGGUAGGCGUUCGGAUGGCAUCCUGACCAGAUGCCCGAACCACCUCAUGUGGCUCCUCUCAAUGUGGAGGAGCAGUGGCUUUAGUUUGAGCUCCUCCCGGAUGACAGAGCUUCUCACCCUAUCUCUAAGGGAGAGACCCGCCACCCGGCGGAGGAAACUCAUUUCGGCCGCCUGUACCCGUGAUCUUGUCCUUUCGGUCAUAACCCAAAGCUCAUGACCAUAGGUGAGGAUGGGAACGUAGAUCGACCGGUAAAUCGAUAGCUUUGCUUUCCGGCUCAGCUCCUUCUUCACCACGACGGAUCGAUUCAACGUCCGCUUUACUGAAGACGCCAGACCGAUCCGCCUGUCGAUCUCACGAUCCACUCUUCCCUCACUCGUGAACAAGACUCCGGGGUACUUGAACUCCUCCACUUGGGGCAGGGUUUCCUCCCCAACCCGGAGAUGGCACUCCACCCUGGAAAAGCCGUCCAACCAGAACUCUCGCAAUAACCAAAGUUCUGUGGGUGAAUAAUGUCCAUCCAUUUUCUUCCGCUUAUCCGAGGUCUGGUCGCAGGGGCAGCAGCCUGAGUAUGGCAAGCUCAAACUUCCCUCUCUUCAGCCACUUCUUCUUGUUCAUAGAGCCCAGUGGGAAGUAGUCUAACUUGCUGGUGACCAAGGCAUUGGUUAUGAUCAAAGAUUUUGACCCUAUUCCUUUGAUUUUGGCAAUGUUCGUAGCUGGUAAAAAGCUGCAGAUGUUACUGACUUAACGCGGAGUGCCUGAGUCCCCGAGAUUUCUAACCUGAUUGUUAGGUUUCCGAGACAUGGUCUGGAGUUGACUGAACAUGUUCUCUCUUCUUCUAUGAGCCCAAGACCAUGAUUCCCCAGGUAGAGUGGUCACCAACCAGCGACACGCCCAUUAGGUAUAUCUAGAAACGGAGACUUCACACCUCCAUUUCUGGGUUUCUGGUGAAACAUCUUCAACAGGAAGAGUCUAGUUGCCUCGAUUCAACUUCGGUGCAUAAAUGAAUAUCUGAAAUUAAGGCCAAAAGUGCUUACUUUUGUUCCUUGGCUUUUUUGUGUUAAGCCCAUGUGUUUGUCUCAUAAUAUGCAUUCUAGAACCCCAAAACCAGGUAAGUUAACUCUUUGUGUAAAUGGUAAAUAAAAACAGAAUACAAUGAUUUGCUAAACCUUUUCAACUUAUAUUCAAUUGACUAAACUGCUAAGACGAGAUAAUUAAUGUUCACACUUGAAAACUUCAUUUUUUUGGGGCAAAUAAUCAUUUACUUAGCAAAAACAUUUUUUUUUUACCACUGUGUUACAUGGCCUUUCCUUUAAACAACAUUUAGUAAAUGUUUGGGAACUGAGGAGACCAACUUUUGAAGCUUUACAGGUUGAAUUAUUUCCCAUUCUGGCUGGAUGUACAGCUUAAGUUGUUCCGACUGUUCACACCAAAUACUAAAUACUGCAUGUUUAAAUGUUGGUGUGGUCAUCCGUGUUUUGUCCUUCAUCAUAUACACACAUGUUUCCUCUUUGGUCCGGAGGACACGACGCCCACAUUUUCCGAAAACUAUUUGAAAUGUGGACUCGUCAGACCACAGAACACCUUUCCACUUUGCAUCGGUCCAUCUUAGAUGAGCUCGGGUUCAGCGAAGCCGGCGGCGUUGCUGGGUGUUGUUGAUAAAUGGCUUUCGCUUUACAUAGUAGAGUUUUAACUUGCACUUACAGUCGUAGCGAUGAACUGUAGUUACUGACAGUUGUUUUCUGAAGUGUUCCUGAGCCCAUGUGGUGAUAUCCUUUACACCACGGGUCUCAGACUCCAAUUGCGGCCCGCGAGACGUUAUUUUGCGGCCCCCACCUUAAUAUGAAAGUUUAAAGCCAGUGUGGCCCGCUAGUUUUAUAUGAAUGGUGUUUGACAGCGUUGUGUGCGGAGCUGAAGGAAUCUACCACUCACGGUGUGGUAUAUGGCUCUCAAGGGCCAAACAUUGACAUCACUUGCAUGAUGCAAGCAGAGAAACGUUUUGCCGAUUUUCCACUAGACCUGCAUGCGCUCUUUCUCCCUCGCCCGCCCGCCUGCUCGUUCUGUCAAUCUCGCUCUCUCGCUCCCCCGACGCCGAUGUAAACAGUCCGGGCGGGGGGAGAUGAGAGGCCCGGUAGCUUCCGAAGCACUCCGCCGAAGGACCGAGCGACAAUACAAAACUGUGAUGCACUGGACCCCAGCGCUGAUACUUCGAUAGAGAGUAUGUUAGUCGUGAUGUUAGCCCGUUCGGGGCUAAUUGUGCUACCGUGACUGUAAACUCUGCAAGCAACCCCCCCGCCCCCAGCCCCAAAGUAAAUUGAGUUUGAGACCCCUGCUUUACACACUGAUGUCGCUUUUUGACGCAGUACCGCCUGAGGGAUCGAAGGUCCGUAAUAUCAUGGCUUACGUGCACUGAUUUCUCCAAAAUUCCUUGCAGCAGCUGGUUGAGAAAUCUUGUUUUUAAACUGUUGGACAAUUUGCUUACGCAUUUGUUCACAAAGCGGCAAACCUUGUUUGGGAACGACUGAGAAUUUCACGUAAGCUGCUUUUCUACCCAAUCAUGGCAUCCACCUGUUCCCAAUUAGCCUGUUCACCUGUGGGAUCUUCCAAAUAAGUUUUUAAUGAGCAUUCCUCAACUUUCUCGGUUGAAGCGUGUCUGGGUGUUGUUGAUAAAUGGCUGUGGCUUUGCAUAGUAGAGUGUAAACAUGACAUAUCUUGUCUUUGCAGUCUAUUCAAUUGAAUAUGAGUUGAAAAUGAUUUGCUAAAUAUUAUAUCCUAUUUUUAUUUACCAAUUACACAACGUGACAACUUCACUGGUUUUGGGUUUCGUACUUAAAAUGAGAUAAUCUGUCCGUUUUUUUUCUUUGUCAAAGACACUUUUGACCUCGAUUUUGGUGCCGGACUCGACUAUAAAACGCAGUUCAACCCUUCGAAUGGCACCUUAAAUAUGUGAAGAAGUGGAAAAACUCUGCAGUUUUUCAAGGACUGUCUUUGUAGCAAUGACUGUGCCUGCAGACAGCCCCGGACUGUAGGACCAGGACCAAGGCGCUCAGUAAGUGGGAAUUGCUUUUAAUUCAGAUGCCAAGCUUUUUUUUUGCCUUUUUAGUUACACGAACGAAGCAUGUGAAACAUAAUAUAGUCUUAGCACUUUAUGCAAAAAUAAUCAACCGUUUUUUUUAAUGUAAAACAUUUGCAGCUUGCAAAAGCUAAUUGUUGUUCAGUGCAUUUCAACACUUUUCGAUAUCAGCCUCAUGCAGGGUUUUUUGUUUUGUUUUUCACUUUUUGCGCUUUUUCAGACAUGAAUGUAAUGUUCCUGGAACCAACAACCAAAUAAAUAAAGAUAAUUUCCCUAUGACCAUUUACUUACCGUAAUUU